AUGGCGGCCACUACUACAAAUCCCAACCCACCCACUCCCAGCCCACCCACUCAAUCUGCGGCGACGUCGACGUUCGCCAUCCCAGAACUGCGUGAACUCAUCACCGCUGAGCUACCACCUCGGGACAUCCUCGUCAACGCCAACAAAGUCUGCCGUUCCUGGUACUACACCAUCACUACCAGCGCUUCAGCUACGAUUCGGGAGAAGCUGUUCCUGCCGACCAACAAGAUAACCGCGGCGAAGCCGGAAUCCUUCGUCAAGGACUACAGAUUCAGUUUCCCUGCCUACGCAGAAGUUCUGAAGCCCAAUCCGUUGCCUCAUUUCAGCAGUACGAUGGCGGAGAGUCUCAUCGAUCGAGGGUUCGGAUACAGAUGGAGAUCGUAUUCGAAAAGCUCCCCAAAGCAGAGACGCUGGUACUCAAAGGCGAUCUUUAUCUUACCCAUCCUCCCUGCACCACUAUGCUAUGCCAAGUGCCUUCCCUGA